AUGAAUACAACAAGUCCUCCGCCAGAUGCAUUGGGCAAUGCCCUUGAGCUUGUCAACCAGGCCUUUGAUCAAGUACAGAAGAUACCUGGCUCUUCAAUAGUCAUCCGCUACAUCCGUUCCAGCUACCAAAAUGAUCCCGUUCGCUCGGCCAUGGAGCUGUUCCUCUUCCUCUUCGCCGUCUACUACCUGGUUUCGCCCGCAUACUCGACAAAGAAGCAGAAGCAGAUCCCUCUGACUGAGGAGGAAAUUGAUGAGCUUGUCGAAGACUGGACCCCCGAACCAUUGGCAGCCCCCGUGACAGCUUUUGAGGAGAUCGAGAACGAGAAGAGGCCAGUCAUUGUUGGUCCUUCAGCGCCAAAGUCAAAGCUAGCGAAUGGCCGAACCGUAACAAACCUUGCCACCUACAACCACUUCAACUUCAUCAACUCGGAAGUCAUCAAGGAGGCCGCUGUCAAAACUCUGCGUGCCUACGGUGUCGGUCCCUGCGGUCCUCCUGGUUUCUACGGUACGCAGGAUGUCCACCAAACCCUCGAAGCCGACAUUGCCGCCCACCUAGGUACACCCGCUGCCAUUGUCUAUGCCCAAUCUUUCAGUACUAUCUCCUCGGUCAUUCCUGCCUUCUCCAAGCGCGGCGACAUCAUCGUUGCCGACAAGGCUGUCAACUUCGCCAUACGUAAAGGUAUCCAGAUUUCGCGCAGUACAAUCCGAUGGUACGAACACAACGACAUGGAAGACCUUGAACGCGUGCUUGCAAAAUUGGUAAAAGAGAAUGCCCGCAAACCCCUGACUCGCCGUUUUAUCAUCACCGAGGGCCUGUUCGAGAAUGUAGGCGACGUUGUCAAUCUCCCCAAGCUCAUUGAGCUCAAGCAAAAGUACAAGUUCCGCACUAUUUUGGACGAAACAUGGUCAUAUGGUGUCCUGGGCCGCACAGGCGCUGGUGUCACCGAGCAACAAAAUGUGGACGCCAGCCAGGUCGACAUGAUCAUUGGCUCGCUCGCUGGUUCCCUCUGUGGAGGUGGUGGCUUCUGUGCUGGUAGCGAGGAAAUUGUCGAACAUCAACGCCUUUCUGGUAGUGCAUAUACCUUCUCGGCAGCAUUGCCCGCUAUGCUUGCAACAACUGCUAGCGCGACUAGCAGGAUGCUUCAAGAACAGCCCGAAAUCCUUGUCGCAUUGAGAGAGAACAUUCGGGCCAUGCGUGCUCAAUUGGACCCACGCAGCGACUGGGUUACUUGCACAAGUGCUGUUGAGAACCCUGUCCUGAUGCUUGUCCUCAAGGAAGAAGUGGUCGAGAGCAGGCAGUUGAGUGCACCAGAGCAAGAUACCAUCAUGCAAGACAUUGUCGAAGAGUGUCUUGCCAAUGGCGUCUUGAUCACGCGACUAAAGAGCAUGCCUCCACCACUUGGCGGCACACCUCGCGACGAGGGCUGGCAACCUCAAGCUGCCGUGAAGGUCUGUGUCACUACUGGGCUAUCAAAGAAGGAGACGGAGAAGGCUGGCGUGACCAUCAGGCAUGCCAUCACCAAGAUUAUGACACGCAAGAAGUAA